AUGGAACGCAGGAAUGGGCAUGUGGAUCGUUGGCCCUCCGCAGCCCUUUCCAUGGAGGGAGCGAUGGUGCUUAACCCUCUGAAGGCCGUGACCUCAACUCCUGACGGUGGAGACAGCGCGCUGGAUGACAAGCGGCCCCUGCUGCUGCCGCCCCUCAGGAGGGAAGUCUCGACCAGAGCGGGGCAGACGGCCUCCCUCACCUGCCGUGUUAUGAACCUUGGGUACAGACAGCUGAUGUGGAUCAGGGCGCGCGACCUGCACGUGUUGUCGUCAGGGUCGGAGGUGUUCUCGACGGACUCGCGCGUGUCGGUGUCGGGGCGCGAGGGCUCGUGGACGCUGACAAUCCGCUACGCGCAGCCCCGUGACGGCGGAGAGUACGCGUGCCAAGUGAACACACAGCCACCCAUCGCUCAGUGGUUCAACCUCACCGUCGUGGGCCUGGUGCUGUGGUACCACGACGAGGCGCUGGUGGCGCGUGACUCGAGUCGCGUGCGCGUGGCCACGACCAUCGACGACGUGACGACCUCCGUGCUCACGCUCACGCGCGCCUCCCACGCGGACUCCGGCAACUACUCCUGCUGGCCAUCGGGGGGCAGUCCAGACAGCAUCCAGCUGCUGGUCAUCCGUGGAGAGCCUCCAGCGGCCAUGCAGCAUGGCAACUCUGCUACCCUGCAGCACGGCUCUUGCACAGCACAGCUCGCGUUGACCGUGCUGCUGCUUCAUAGUGCUGUGUGGUGCUGUAUACACUCGACAAGCUUCACUGGUUCAGGAUACUCGGCCAUCUCCGUGCUGACUGCGAAGAUUAAAACCACAAGAGCCUCGAGCGAUCGCCGAGGCGGAGGCGCGGAGGCACGUGCUGAGAUCGCAGGCAAGGAGACGAUGUACGUACAGUCAGGCAGCAACAUCUCCCUCACGUGCACCGUGCGAGAACAGCUCGUCGUGCCAGGAGAGCCUCCAGCGGCCAUGCAGCAUGGCAACUCUGCUACCCUGCAGCACGGCUCGUGCACAGCACAGCUCGCGUUGACCGUGCUGCUGCUUCAUAGUGCUGUGUGGUGCUGUAUACACUCGACACGCUUCACUGGUACAGGAUACUCGGCCAUCUCCGUGCUGACUACGAAGAUUAAAUGCACGAGAGCCUCGAGCGAUCGCGCGGGAAACGAAGACUGCGACGCGAGCGCGCCGAAGAGUU